GCAUGUGACCCCGCCCCUUCACAUUCACGUCAAAAUGGCGGCGGAGCGGUGCGAUACUGUGAACAUGGAUCCUGACAUCGAAUUCCUCAGCGACGAUGAACUGGAACGGGAAGCAGAUGGCUACAAAGAGCAAGGCAACGCUUUCUACAUCCAGAAGGAUUAUGCAGAAGCCUUCAAUUAUUACACCAAGGCCAUCGACAUGUGUCCAAAGAACGCCAGUUACUACGGCAACCGAGCGGCCACGCUGAUGAUGCUGUGUCGGUACCGCGAGGCUUUGGAGGAUUCCCAGCAAGCUGUGAGGCUGGACAAUUCCUUCAUGAAGGGGCAUCUGCGAGAGGGCAAGUGCCAUCUGUCCCUCGGCAACGCUAUGGCGGCGUCGCGCUGCUUCCAGAAGGUCCUAGAGUUGGAGCCAGACAAUAGCCAAGCCCAGCAGGAGCUCAAGAGUGCCGAGUCCAUCCUGGAAUACGAGCGGAUGGCAGAGAUCGGCUUCGAGAAGAGAGACUACCGCAUGGUGGUCUUCUGCAUGGACCGAGCUUUGGAGUCGGCCUCGGCAUGCCAUCGGUUCAAGAUACUGAAAGCCGAGUGCUUGGCACUGCUGGGACGCUACCCGGAAGCUCAGUCCGUAGCCAGUGACAUUUUAAGAAUGGACUCCACCAACGCAGAUGCGCUGUACGUACGCGGCCUUUGUCUGUACUACGAGGACUGCAUAGACAAGGCAGUCCAGUUCUUCGUGCAGGCCCUGCGCAUGGCUCCGGACCACGAGAAAGCGCGGCUUGCUUGCAGAAACGCCAAGGCACUGAAGGCCAAGAAGGAGGAGGGCAACAAGGCCUUCAAGGAGGGCAGCUUUGACGCCGCCUACGUGCUCUACUCGGAGGCGCUGACAAUAGACCCCAACAACAUCAAGACCAACGCCAAGCUGUACUGUAACAGAGCCACUGUGGGUUCCAAGUGUGUGUGUGUUGUAGAGCACAAGCACUUGCUAGAACACGCACAGCUGGAGCUGAAGAAAAGCAAGCGAAAAGACUACUACAAGGUGCUCGGCGUGGACAAGAACUCCACAGAAGAGGAGAUCAAGAAGGCGUAUCGCAAACGGGCGCUUUUACAUCACCCAGAUCGCCACAGCAGCGCUAGCGCGGAGGUGCAAAAGGAAGAGGAGAGGAAGUUCAAGGAGGUGGGCGAGGCCUUCAGCGUAUUGUCGGACCCCAAGAAGAAGUUGCGCUACGACAGUGGACAGGACCUGGAGGACGAGGGCAUGAACAUGGGCGAUUUUGACGCCAACAACAUUUUCAAGGCGUUCUUUGGCGGUCCGGGAGGUUUUAGUUUUGAAGCUUCCGGGCCAGGGAAUUUCUUCUUCCAGUUCGGUUAAGUGGUCUGCUCUCCCGCUAGUCCGGCACUACGUCAGGACUUGUUGACGCACGCCACCCCUCUCCCCACUGACCCGCCGUCUGUAUCCUUGAGCAGAUACGGAUCCUUGUCAUCUCCGCCAUCGACUCAAUGCAACCACACGUACAGACACGCACCAACCAAACACAAACUUGCCGUACAUGGAAGACCUUUGAAGUGAACGUCGUGCAGCUACUCUUUUUUUUUUUUUUUU